AUGCCUAUGGAGUUCCGCAAAUAUUUCGGCGUGAAAGUGUCAAUAAUUAUUGAUUGCUUUGAGGUUUUUAUUGAGCGACCUUCCGACUUACUUGCCAGAUCUGAGACAUGGUCCAAUUAUAAGCAUCACAACACCACAAAGUUUUUGAUUGGAAUAACUCCCCAAGGAGCUGUGUCAUUUUUAUCGAAAGGUUAUGGUGGCAGGGCUUCGGACAAAUACGUGACAGAAGAUUGUGGUUUACUGCACAAACUUUUGCCUGGGGAUAUCGUCCUUGCAGAUCGAGGUUUCGAUAUACAAGAAAGUGUGGGACUAAACUGUGCAGAAGUAAAAAUCCCGGCAUUCACUAGGCAACUAUCUCCUGUAGAACUGGAAACUACCAGAAAGAUCGCUCACACAAGGAUCCAUGUGGAGAGAGUCAUUGGACUUGUGCGCAACAAAUACACCAUACUGCAAAGUACUAUUCCAAUGGACUAUCUUCACAGUCAUAGUGAUAGUGUGCCAACCAUUGACAAGAUAACAACAGUUUGUUGUGCACUCACAAAUGUUUGUGACUCAGUUGUGCCGUUUGACUAA